GUGGUUAUUGAGUUAAGCCUGGUGAGUCGAGGUGACCCGUACCGGGCUGCGGGAGGAGCUCGCGGUGAGGUGGCCCCGCGCUGCCGGGCGAGGUCGGUCCACGUGGAGCCGGGAGCCUGAGGCCUCUGUACGCGGGAGCUGCGGACGAUGGUGUUCUGCAAGUGAAGGCCCCCUGAAGUGGAAGACAGCGUUGGUGCUAAUGGCCAACUCAAGUUUCACUGGGGAUCACGUCCAUGGAGCUCCUCAUGCUGUCAUGCCAGAAGUGGAAUUCCCUGACCAAUUCUUUACAGUUCUAACCAUGGACCAUGAACUGGUGACACUCAGGGAUGUGGUCAUCAACUUCUCUCAGGAGGAAUGGGAAUAUCUGGAUUCUGCUCAGAGGAACUUGUACUGGGAUGUGAUGAUGGAGAACUACAGCAACUUACUCUCACUGGGUCUACAUUGAGACAGAUAUCAGUACAAUGGUGAACAAGACCAAUACAGACCCUGCUCUCAUGGAAUUGACAUACUAGUUCUUGAGAUGUAUAAUAAACAAGUCUUGUUAUACAUUGGCACAUGAAAAUUUAUUACAUUUGUCCUUGUGGAAUUUAACGAAUAAGGAAGUAAAUGGUGUAAGAGAAAAGUACUGAAUACACAACUGAAAAAUAUAUAUAUGAGGAUUUGGAGUCCAGGAAUGAGACUAAGCAUUUAUCUGUAGGAAAAGAUAUUAAAAACACUGGUUCUCAGUGGGAGGUAAUGGAAAGUAGCAAGUUAUGUGGCCUUGAAGGUUCCAUUUUCAGAAAUGACUGGCAAAGCAAAAGCAAGAUUGAAGUACAAGGACCUGAAGUGGGAUAUUUCAGUCAAAUGAAAAUCAUCUCUGAAAAUGUGCCCAGUUACAAAACUCAUGAAUCUCUUACUUUACCUCGGAGAACUCAUGACAGUGAGAAGCCCUAUGAAUACAAGGAAUAUGAGAAGGUCUUCAGUUGUGACUUAGAGUUUGAUGAAUAUCAGAAAAUACAUACUGGUGGGAAAGACUAUGAAUGUAAUCAAUGUUGGAAAACCUUUGGGAUAGAUAACUCCAAUAUGUUACAACUGAAUAUUCAUACUGGUGUGAAACCUUGUAAAUAUAUGGAAUAUGGGAAUACAUGUAGUUUUUAUAAAGACUUUAAUGUAUACCAGAAAAUUCAUAAUGAGAAGUUCUAUAAAUGUAAGGAAUACAGAAGGACCUUUGAAAGAGUUGGAAAAGUUACUCCACUUCAAAUAGUUCAUGAUGGUGAGAAACACUUUGAAUGCUCAUUCUGUGGGAAAUCCUUUAGAGUGCAUGCACAACUUACUCGACAUCAGAAAAUCCAUACUGAUGAGAAAACUUACAAAUGUAUGGAAUGUGGCAAGGACUUCAGAUUUCAUUCACAGCUUACCGAACAUCAGAGAAUUCAUACUGGUGAGAAACCCUACAAAUGUAUGCACUGUGAGAAGGUUUUUAGAAUUAGUUCACAGCUCAUUGAACAUCAGAGAAUUCACACUGGUGAGAAACCUUAUGCAUGUAAGGAAUGUGGGAAGGCUUUUGGAGUAUGUAGAGAACUUGCUCGUCAUCAGAGAAUUCAUACUGGUAAGAAACCCUAUGAAUGCAAAGCAUGUGGAAAGGUCUUUAGAAAUAGUUCAUCCCUGACUAGACAUCAGAGGAUUCAUACUGGUGAAAAACCCUAUAAAUGUAAAGAAUGUGAGAAAGCAUUUGGAGUAGGUAGUGAACUUACUCGACAUGAAAGAAUUCACAGUGGUCAAAAACCUUAUGAAUGUAAGGAGUGUGGAAAGUUCUUUAGACUUACAUCAGCCCUUAUUCAACAUCAAAGAAUUCACAGUGGUGAGAAACCUUAUGAAUGUAAGGUAUGUGGGAAGGCCUUUAGACAUAGUUCAGCCCUUACAGAACAUCAGAGAAUUCAUACUGGAGAAAAACCCUAUGAAUGCAAGGCAUGUGGGAAGGCCUUUAGACAUAGUUCAUCCUUUACCAAACAUCAGCGCAUUCAUACUGAUGAUAAACCCUAUGAAUGUAAGGAAUGUGGGAAUUCCUUUAGUGUUGUUGGGCAUCUUACUUGCCAACCGAAAAUUUACACUGGUGAGAAAUCAUUUGACUGAAAUAAAUGUAUAAAGUGGUUUUUUAUUUCUGAUUUUCACAGGAAAAUACUGUGGAUGGAUUUAAUAGGUAAUCAAGGCAAUUCAGUAUCUCCCUCUCUUAAAGUCUGUUUUUAGACUUCAUGGUCAUUCUGUAUGUAGACAUAGAAUUGCUUAGUCAUAGCUGAUAUAUACUUAUAGCUUUGUUAGAUGUUGCCAAAUAUUUCUCCUUUUUAUGUUAAAAAGUUUUUUUCAUGAGUUUCUCAUCCUGGCAUGUUUUGUUUACAAUAGCUUUUGAUGUUUGUAUUAUUGCUCUUUUGACUAUUCAGCUUUUUAAUUGUAGUAUUACUUCAAUAUCUUUUCUGCAUUGUAAUUCUUUGCUUGUGAUACCUAUACUUACUUAUUUUCCUCCAGAGAGUUAGAACUCCUAGUCAGAUACAAUGUAUUUUUACAGUCUUACAGCUCAUCAUUUUGUGUAAUGUUCUUGUUUUGUUUUGUUUUGAAUGAUAGAAGUGUGAUCUCCUUUCCAUUUUCAUCAAAUUGUUGACUUCUCUUUAAAUUUCUACUUUAUUUUGAUACAACAUAUUCCCCCAAAAAAACCACAUACAUAGGAACUGGUUAUAUUCCACCAAAACACACACACACACACACACACACACACACACACACACUAUAUACAUAUAGUGUAUAUACACAUAUAGUGUAUAUAGUGUAUGUGUGAUGUAUACUAUAUAUAUCACAUAUACUAUAUGUGUGUACAUAGUGUGUGAUGUAUAUGUGUGUGAUGUAUACUAUAUAUACUCACACAUGCACUACAUAACACACUAUAUAUACACACACACACAAUAUAUGUAUAUAUAGUAUAUACACUAUAUACUGGGCACUAUAUAUAUAUAUAUAGUGUGUAUGUGUGUUAUAUUGGAAUAUAACCAGUUCCUUUAAGCAGUCUUUUUACCUGCAGGCUAUACCAACCAGGAUCCAAAUGAAGAGAACUCUUUUAAAUAUUUGAUAAAACUACUCACCCAGUAAGUCUCUUAAAAUUUAUCAUUCUCUUAAAGUAUCACUCUAAAAUUUGUCAAACACCUUUAAAAGGGGAGAAAAAAUGACCACUGAACUUACAUUAAGAGAAUUCACAACUAUAUAUUAACAUGGCUUCAAUUGUUUUUUUUAAUCUAUUAUCAUUAUUUUUCUUUUUAUUCCCUCUCAGAGUUGACUUACUAGGUUUGGGCAUUUCAACAAUCAGCAGACCUUCUUUGGUUUAACUAAUCUCAUUUAACUCCAAAAUCAUCUCUCUCUUAGGACUGCUGACUUGGUUAUGCAGUCAAUGAGAUCACGAGCCACUGGUUAUUGGAUUUUUUUUUUUUUUUUUUAGACAGAGUUUUGCUCUUGUUGCCUAGGCUGGAGUGCAGUGGCGCAGUCUUGGCUCACCUCAACCUCUGCCUCCUGGGUUCAAGCUAUUCUCCUGCUCAGCCUCCUGAGUAGCUGGGAUUACAGGCAUGCGCCACCACGACUGGCUAAUUUUAUAUUUUUAGUAGAGACGGGAUAUCUCCGUGUUGGUCAGUCUGGUCUCGAACUCCCGACCUCAGGUGAUCCACCCGCCUCAGCCUCCCAAAGUGCUGGGAUUACAGGCAUGAGCCACCGCACCCAGCCUGCUUAUUGGAUUUAUUUAUUUAUUUUGAGAUAGAGCCUUGCUCUGUCACCAGGCUGGAGUGCAGUGGUGUCAUCUCAGCUCACUGCAACCUCCACCUCCUAGGUUCAAGCGAUUUCCCUGCCUCAGCCUGCCAAGUAGCUGGGAUUACAGGCAUGUGCCACCAUGCCCAGCUAAUUGUAUUUUAGUAUUGUAUUUUAGUAGAGAUGGAGUUUCACCACGUUGGCCAAGACAGUCUCGAUUUCCUGACCUCGUGAUCCCCCUGCCUCAGCUUCCCAAAGUGCUGGGAUUACAGGUGUGAGCCACCAUGCCUGGCUGGUUAUUUGAUUUUUAUAAGAAAAUUUUACUAUUAUUUUCAGAUAAAUUUAUGUCACUGUCAUUCAUUAAUUUUAAUUUUUGAAACUGAUGUCUUUCCCAGAAUUUAUGUACUCUAUAACGGUGUGAAUGAUUACCAGUAUUAAGCCAUUUUCUCAUCUGAUAUAUUGAGCUAUGUUUUAUGUAAGUAUUGCUUAUUCAAGUAGUUUUAAAAGAUAUGUAAUUGGUUGUUGUUUCAUGUCCUACACAGUAAGAACAAGAGUAUGGUAACCUUUUUGUCAGGAUAUUUGCUAUUUCAUAUCUUUGAAAUAGAGUAGUAGCUCUAUUUCUAACUAAAUUCUAUUUAUGUAACAACACAGCUAAUUUACUCUUGGAUCUCAUUCUACCUUUUUAUCCUGAGUUACCAUCAGUGCUAAUGUUCCUCUUUUGGGUAUAGUUCUCCAGGAGAACUUGUCCUAUAUUUCUUUGUGUGUGUUUUUUUCCUUCCAGCUUAAACAAAUUAAAACUAAAUGUCUAAACCUUGUAUACAGACAUUAAAAUUAGUGAGAGAAACAAAA